AUGCACCUUGCGUGGCUGCCCUUCAGUGUUUACAUCCUCGGGCUUACAGCGGCCGGACCCCUACAGGCUCGGCAGGAGGAGCUCAAAGAUGUGAAGCUCAAUGACCCUCCCGCAACCUUGCAAGAUUAUCAACACAAGUUUGAUUCCUACGUUGGCCAGCUGGAUAACAAUUGUCAAGGCAAAGUGGUGAGCCAGCGGGUUAUUCUUGCUGCAUUUGGCUCGGAGGAAACCAUUUCUGACUAUGCUGGGCUGAUCCGUACCAUCGUGGGCCGCAUUCCAAGUGACUGUCAGGAGAAGAUAAGGCACGCUAUGACGCAGCCCACGGUGCCUGAUUCCAAGUUACGUUGGUUUGGCGGCUCCGAUUUCUGUGACCGAGGUGGCUAUGAGCCAGACUGUGGCACCAAGAGAUACUGCGAAGAGGAACGGUAUAAGAACAGCCUCGAGUACUAUGCCAGCCCCGAGCAGUGCCUGGCUGCCAGAAUGUUGCCACAAGACGCAUCGCCUAAUAAGGCAGGCUCUGAGCCUCCAGUUUCCAGUUCUACUCCAACUAAAACCGCCCACGCCUCGCUGAAGCCAUUCUAUCCAGCCUCGGAUAACAAGUUUGCAACAUUCAAUCGCGGCAGUGAGGAGGUCUUAGGGACCAAGGCGUAUUGUGCUGAAAAUCAGUAUCCAUUCACUGAGGAAGAUGGAAAUGUAUACAAAGACGAGAAAGCAUGCUUGGCGGCUAGAGAGCCAGAGAAACCUACUCCCAAUCAGUCGUCGGAUUCCAAUCGCAUUAUUUACCCCGACGAGUGGGAGCGCAUCUCAUCUGGCUCCAAUCGUUCUUAG